AUGUCUUCACUAUCAAGUCCAGUACCAGUGAUACUCUGCGGCAGACGCGCAGAAAUUGGAAAGCCAGUUGCUGAGCUGCUAGUCCCUGAAUUCGAAGUAAUUCACUUUAUUACGACCAACGAAGCUGCUCUGUCCGAUAUCCCCCGUCUAUUGAAAGGCGAGAAACCUCAGUCUCCAGACGACAGCGGCGUGGGCACCCAGAACUACAGCCAGGUUCCACGCGCCGUCAUUUUCGGUCGGGGAUACAGUCUUACAGAAGUAGAACAAUUCAGACAGGCAAGUGAGGGAUGCAAUGCGAAUUCUGUGGCUUGGAUUACGGGCGAUCCGGAUAGAAAGCCUGGUCCUAAUGAACCGCGCCCUGGACCGGGGUAUGCUCAGUUUGCGGCGGGCCAGGUGAAAGAGAAGUUGACUGCUUGGAGGGAGGAGGGCGCUACCCAUGAUGGAAUUAUCUUAUGGUAG